CGAUCAUUCUCUAGGACAAUUUUGUUACGUUGAUCGUAACUAUACUUUCCAAUUAGCAUGUAUCCCGCCCUUAAACUCACCUUAUUUGCCUCGUUGGCGGUAGCUGUCCCACCAAACCUCGAGAGGAGGCAAGGAAUUACCUCUAACGAGGUCGCGGAUGGACAAUGCAAGUCUGUCUCCUUCAUUAUGGCUCGUGGGUCGACGGAAAGAGGAAACAUGGUUGGCCUUCCUUCUUAUUGCUUCAUUGAAGCUGGCUUCGGGACUUGAGCUAAGACCAACGCAGGGAGCUGUCGUCGGAGGGCCUCUCUGCGCAGCAUUGAAAGAAGCAAUGAAUGGAGACGUUGCCUGCCAAGGUGUAGGAGGUGGUUACCGCGCACAACUCGCCCCAAAUGCCCUCCCAGAGGGUACCGAUGAAGCUUCGAUUCAAGCGGGCAUCGACACGUUCAACCAAGCUGUCCAGAACUGUCCUGACUCAAAGAUCAUGUUCGCGGGCUACUCGCAGGGCUCAGCCGUCAUGCUCAAUGCGGUGCCGCAGUUGGACGCCGCAGUCUCGAAUAUGGUUGUUGGGGGGGUGUUCUAUGGAUACACGAAAAACGCGCAGAAUAACGGGGAGCUUCCGGGAUUUCCACCGGAGAACUUGGAGGUCUUCUGCAGGCAGGAUGAUGGCGUUUGUGAUGGGAACCUCAGGGUUACCGCAGGCCAUCUGGCGUACGGUCGAGAUGGGACUAUUGAGGAGGGAGCGCAGUUCUUAGUCGACCGGAUGGCUGCCGCUGGUGGUGAUGCUGCCGCUGGUGGUGAUGAUACUGCGGGUGGUGAUGAUACCGCCGGUGGGGACGCUGCCGCUGGGGGCGAUGCUGCCGCUGGGGGCGAUGCUGCCGCUGGGGGCGGUGCUGCCGCUGGGGGCGAUGCUACCGCUGGCGGUGAUGCUGCCACUAGUGGAGGCGCUGCCGCUGGUGGUGCGGCGACUGGCAAUGAUACCGCCGGCGGUGCUGUCGCGAAUUGUGCGGCGACUGGUAAUGGAGCAACUGGUGCUGCCAAUAAUGGCGGUAGACUGCGAGGAUUCCUCAAUCGAUUUUCGGAUAACUAGACGUAGUAGCCUUAAUUUGUUAAAAGUUUUGGCGUGUCG